GUUACAGAUGUGGCUGAUAAAAGCAGCUGGAACAGGGCUGUGCACAUAACACUGCACUGGCACCGGCUGCUCAUCCCACGGCCACAAUGAGGCUGAGAGCUGCAGUUGUGUGGACAUUGACUGUGAUCAUCUCAUUAUUUGUGGAGGUGCACAGUGUUCACAAGAUGAAGAUCCACUGGGGUCCACAGUCUAUGAUGUACCUCAAAGGCAAACAUGGCAGGCGGUUUGUAUCAGAAGGAGAGAGCCAGAUCUUGAAACAGAAUCUGCAGGACUGGCACACACUCCUCAAAGGUGUACAGCCGGUGGACUUCAGUAAACCUCGUCACAUUGUGAGCUCUGAAAAAAUUCUGAUCCAGUAUCUCCAGGAGAGAUGAGAAGUACUGACCCGUGCAGCCAGAACCCUGUGGACCUAAGUCAGCGACAACUUCUGAUACAAGUAACCGGCUGAGACUCCAUCG